GCUUUAUAAAUUGUUGUUUUCAUGUUCAACGCUGCAUUUAGUUGGGUGUGUUCGCUUUAAAUUUCAAAGUAACUACAGAUACCUAAUACAUAAGUUAUUCAACAGUAAAAUCAGAGAUAUGAUGAUGUAUUCAAAAGUUUAUUUUAUUCUUUUUGUAUGCGCACUUCCAUCAGUAUUUUGUGUUCGUUGCUACCAGUGUGCAUCGUCACAGGAUAGCAAAGGAGACGAUACUUGUGGAGCGUACAAGAAAUUCAACAGAGAAAAUCAUAUAGCUGUCGAAUGUAGCAGUGACGAGUCUCACACGCCUGGAUCAUUUUGCAUGAAACUGACUCAACAGAGUCCAAGAGGAUUUAUAUGGGAUGGUCGUUGGCGUCAAGUCAUCAGACGGUGUGCAUCCAUAGCUGACAUUGGAGUGACGGGUGUCUGUAAUUGGGGUGUUUACCCAAACGGAGUGUAUUGGGAGGAAUGUUACUGUUCUUCAGAUGAAUGUAACAGUUCAACAUUCGUCACAUCAUCUUUGACUAUAGUUUUAAGUGCAACAAUUUUUGCCUUAUUGCACAAAAGUAUUUUGUAGUUUGUAGUGUAGUGUUAAGAAAAUUUUUACACUGUGCCUUUAAAAUGACUGAAGUACCAGGUAGACUAAGUAACUUGUAGUUUGUUGACCUUUAACAGUAUCCAUAGCUUAUGUGUGUUGGCAUCACAUUCUCACAUUAAGUAUCCCGUACUACUUGGCCGAUUGAUAUAAAAUUAAUAAUCUAUUUAGAUAAUAUAGAGGUAAUGAUGAUAUAAGAUGGAGAUUAUCCUGAAAAUGGGCUUGAUUUAUAUACAGGUAAAACUAUGUAACUAGUAGAUGGGUGAAGUGGCAGGGAACAUGUAAAAAAACAUAUUACAGUCAUCUUUUGUAGGAAGUUAUACUUUGAGGUGUUUACUUUAUUCAUGCCAAUUAACACUAUCAUGUUAAUAUUCAUUCCAAAGAAAGACUGCAAAAUAACAAUCUGUAACACAUAAACUAAUUUGUUAAAGUUAUGCACAAUCUAUUCAUUGUGUCAUCUUUUUAAAGACUUAAGUUCUUGUAAGGGAUGAGCUACCAACCUGUCAUUUAAAUUUAUUUAAAUGUCAAUUCGAUCAUAAGGUUUACAGUUGAAUGUGGCCUUUACAUAAUAUUCUUUUUCAAGAAUAGACGCCAUAAUUUUUAAUAGUGACACACUUUUUAAUACUUAGAUGAUCAGUAGAGAUAUAUUUGUAAAAAAGUAGAGGUUACUUAAUUUGACUAAGCCUAUUUCACUGAUGAACAUUUGUUAAAUGAUAUUUUAAGCUAUUUUGAUAUCAAUUAGAAUCUCAGUUGUUUAAGUAAUUAAAUAUUUUGUACAGUAUCAUUUUACGACUAUAUGGAAGUAAUGGCGAAAAUGUAUCUCUUAAAUUUUUUAUAAUAUUAUUUUUGUGCUUAUUUAAAAAAAAAUAUCAAUGCGUGAUAUACAUAAAUAAAUAAUACCAAUCAAUAUAUAUUUUAACAAUAUUAAAAAAUGUGCUCUUAAUAAGUUCAUAUUUAUUUAUGUUGGUUUCAUAAGUUGUGCCUAUAACCUAAUUAAGAUUCAAGCCGACCAUAUUUAGAAUUAAAAAUUAAGU